AUGAGGUCCUUUACUUUACUCCUCAUCAUCAUCAAUACGAUGAUGAUAUUCGCCAUCAGUAGUCAAGCAACCGAAGUCGAAAAACGUUAUUCACAAUCAGUUAGUCAAAGUCAUUCAGAACAUAAAGAACACAGUGAAAGUAGUUCAAGCUCUUAUCAUGUUAAACAAGAUAGCAAUGGAAAAAAACAAGUCGAUGCCAAGAAAGAAAGCUCCUCACAUGAUUCCAGUAAAGUAAGCGAUAAAGGAACUUACCAAGUUAAAGGUAAAGAUGGCAAAGAAAUCAAAGCCAGCUAUGACCAUAGUCAAAGCGACAGCAAAGAUACAUCCGAUAAAAAGUCUUUACACAUGAAGGAAGGCAAUGGUAAAAAGGAAUUCGAUGCCAGCCAUGAAUAUAGUGAUAGCGAAAAGCAUAGUAAAAAAGAAAAUGACAGCUUUAAGUAUAAAGAUGGUAAGGGUAAAGAAGUAAAUGCCAAACAUAAAUCAAGUGAAGAAGAAAGCCAUAGUAAAGAUGGUAAAGACUCUGUACACUAUAAGAGUGGUCAUGGUAAAGAAGAAUUCGAUGCCAAACACAAAUAUAGUCAAAGUGAUAGCUCCAGUAAAUCCGAAGAUGACAGUUUACACUUAAAAGAUGGUCAUGGUAAAGAAUUCGAUGCCAAACAUAAAGCUAGUGAAAAACAUAGCUCCAAACAAAAUGAAGAUGACAGCGUACACUACAAGAAGGGUCAUGGUAAAGAAGAAUUCGAUGCCAGCCAUAAAUAUAGUAAAUCCGAAAAACAUAGUAAAUCCGAAGAUGACAGUUUACACUUCAAGAAUGGUCACGGUAAAGAAUUCGAUGCCAAACACAAAUCUAGUGAAAAACAUAGUUCUCAUGAAAGUGAAGACGACAGCGUACACUUCAAGAAAGGUCAUGGUAACAAAGAAUUCGAUGCCAGCCAUAAAUAUAGUAAAUCCGAAAAACACAGUAAAUCCGAAGAUAACAGUUUCCACUUCAAGAGUGGUCAUGGUAAAGAAUUCGAUGCCAAACAUAAACAUAGUGAAAGCCAUAGCGAACACGAAAGCGAACAUGAUAGCUUCCACUUGAAGAACGGUCAUGGUAAUGGCGAAUUCGACGGUGAACAUAAACACAGUAAAAGCAGCAGCCAUCAUGAAGAUCAUGAAAGCAGUUUCCACUUGAAGAGUGGUGAUUACGAAUCUGAUGGUCACUAUAAAUCUGGUAAACAUGGUGAACAUGGUGAAAGUCAUGAAAUUACCAUUAAGAAUGGUCAUGGUUCUGACGGAAAACAUGAAGAACACGGAUGGGAUGAAGAAAGUUCUGAUGAACACGAAACUGUCAAUGGCAAAGAAACUGUAAACAAACACGGAUUUAAAAAACACGGAUGGAACAAACACGGUAAAGGUAGCAAACAAG